AUGGAGCUGGACCCAGAGCUGGACAUACCUGAGGGCAAGGGGCAGAACCCAGACCCCAGCUCUGGGGGCAAAAAACCCCGAGUGGUCAACCCAGAGAUGUCUGAGAUGCAAAAACUGCUCCGCAGUGCUGCUGGCUUCAUUCUGGGCUUGAUCCUGGCCAGCCUGUACGGGGUUCUGGUGCUGCUGGCCCAGGGCCACAACAUCAAAUACUGCCUGGUCACCACCAUUGGGCUGGGUGCAGCUCUGGGGCUGGGCAUGGCCUUCUCCAUCGGGGUGCGGGUGACGGUGCUGCUGUCACUGCCCCACGUCUUCACCAAGGAAGGGAAGGCCCUGAUGCUGCUGCUGGCACUGGGUAUAGCCGUGCAGGGCCCCUGCACCAACAUCCUGUACAACUUCUCCCAGUCCGCCCAGUCGCUGUCGUGCGGGGCCGAGCUGGCCCUCAACCAGACAGCCGAGAGGAUGCACCGGGCCCAGGAGCCACUGCUGAACAUGCUGAACAAAAUCAAGGAGAUCUCCCAGAAAGCCAAAGUGGUUGGUGACCACGUCCGCAAGUUCUUCCGCUCCAUAAUGGACUCCGUCGGCCACGUGGCCCAAGCCCUGCAGAACGUCUGGAUGUGGCUGCAGAACGUGGGCUUCGAGUGCAACGCAGAGCUGGGGAAGCCGUACCAGCGCUGCCAGCGCCUCUUUACCGAAGCCUACGACAAGUGCAUGGAGGCCAUCCCCAUCUUAUUCUUCCUCUGCUACAUCAUCCCCGGUUUCCAAAACCUCUGUGGAUUGGCCAACGUUGGCUACAUGUUCUGCAUCAUCCCACACUACAUCCAGGAGUACCUGAGGAGGAGGACGGUAGACCCUGGAGACCCUUCCCCCUCAUCCCGUGGCUGUCCCUUUGUCACCCCCACAGCCCUUACGGACAAACUGGACGACGUCCGCCGGGAGUUUGAGUUCAACAUCACGGCCGUCCACCACUUUGAUGUCAACCUCAACGCCAGCAAGAGCCUGGGAGAGGUGGCCUUGGACAUCAUGGAGGGCGUGCGGCUGAGCCUGGAGCCCGUCUACAACAUCCUGGCACUCUUCACACAUUUCUCCUUCUUUGCCAUCGUCUACAUAUACCUCAGGGCACUGCAGUACCGUCACCAAUACCUCCGGGAUGAUACUUUUGACAACGUGUACAUCACCCAACGCUUCCUGGAGCUGGAUCUGCGGUGUGCAGAGCAGGGCAGACCCACAGUUCUGCCUCUCUCCAGCUGGGAGAGUGGUCGCUACAUCCUGCCAGCCGGGAUGUGGCUGUCACGGCAGGAGCAGCGCCGGUAUGGGCUGCAGCUGGUGGGAGUUCUGCGUCACAUGUUGCUGGGGCUCUGCAUCAUCCUGGCUGACUACAGCCUCUUCUGGCUGCUCGACUUGGUCCAGCACCACCUGCAAGGGGAGAUUGUUGCCAGGGCCCCAGAAGUGCUGGGUAUCAGCAUCAAUGGGACGGGUUACACCAGCGAGAUCUUCCGGGACGUGGUCUCUGCCUUCGAUGCCCUGCAGCGUGGCAACAUCUCCGUGAUCUCCCAGCGCUGCCGCCUCCAGCCCGUGGAGCCUGACUACGGCACCUACCUCAACAUGGGACUCCUCUACGGCACCUGCAUCUUCAUCGCCGUUUUCGGCACCCACGCCGCACGCCUGCGCCGGGUGGUGUGUGCCGUCUACUACCCAUCCCGUGAGCAGGAGCGCACCAUCUUCCUCCACCGUGCCAUCCUGGCUCGGCGGGCAGGGCUGGCACGUGCCCUGCGCAAAGCUGUCACCGAGAACACGGGUGACACCGAGCAGAACGAAUUCCUCCAGUACCUCACUGCCAGGCUGCCUGUCUUUGCCUGGCUUGUUCGGUUCUUGGGCAUCCAGCAGAAACGCUGCCUGGCCUGUGGGAUGCAGGACCAGGCAGACUUAACUGCUUGUAUCACACCUGGGUGCAAAGGGCUUUACUGCAGCGAGUGCCACGAAACCCUGAAUGACAUCUGUGCCAUCUGCAUGGGCCCCCUGAGCUACGAGGAACUCAAGGAUGAGGAGAUGGACUCCAGCGACGAGGAGACGGUUCGGCUGUGGCUGGGGGCGGUGCAGGCGCUGCAGGGCCAGGAGCGAGGGCGUUUGCUGCAGCAGAGGAUCCGGGAGGUGGCAGGGGGCCAAGGGGGUGGGCGCAGGUUGCCCCCCGAGAUGAUGGCCCAGCUGCGAACCCAGCUGGUGGAGGAGGCGGGCGGGGAGAGCGACAAGGGCAGCACGGACAGCUCGCUCUCCAGCCGGGAUUUUGGCUACCAGGAGGAGCCGGAGAGCAGCAGUGAGCUGGAGGAGGUGACGGCCCAGCAGCCCCCUAGCAGCCCGGACCGGACUGGGUGA